AUGUCGUCGAUAUCUCAAGACAAUGGCACACAGCAAGAUCAGGCUGAGGGAACUCAACAAGAACAGUCGAUUAUUGUCCAUCCUCAGGGACGAAAUGGAGGCAUUUUAGGUAGCUCGUGGGCCCGAGGGUCGCUUCUUGCUGCAGGUUUGGCAGUGAUUCUGAGCCCAAUUACCUGGAUAUGGUUCGGCGCAUCACCAGUGGACCCUACCGAUUAUGCAGAACGAACUAGGAGAGUGCUCAGCACUACGCCGUUAAUCGAUGGACACAAUGAUCUUCCCUGGCAGCUACGCAUUGAGUUGCACAAUCGCAUCUAUGAUGGGAGAGUUGAUCUCACUAAGCAGCUCCUUGGUCAUACUGACAUCAAGAGAAUGAGGCAGGGCCAAGUAGGGGGCCAGUUCUGGAGCGUGUAUGUGGACUGUGAUACACAGCAAAAGCAUUUCGAAGAUCCUUCGUGGGUUGUUCGUGAUACUCUCGAACAGAUUGAUGUUACCCGCCGUUUCAUCAAUGAACACCCCGAGCACCUGCAAUACUGCGAUACGGCUGCAUGUGUCCGGAAAGCUUUCAGGGCCGGUCGCAUUGCCAGUAUGAUCGGCAUAGAAGGCGGUCAUCAGGUAGGAGGCAGCAUUGCCACUAUUCGGCAAAUGUACGAGCUCGGUGCUCGAUACAUCACAAUGACUCAUAAUUGUGAUAAUUCCUUUGGAACCUCAGCAUCCACCGUUGCAGCCGGGGGCAAAGAUGACGGCCUUUAUAGCCUUGGACACGAUGCGAUCCGGGAGAUGAACCGUCUUGGCAUGAUGGUCGAUCUCUCUCACGUAUCUCACCAGUUCAUGAGGGAUGCAUUGAGUAUUGCAAGAGCACCCGUCAUCUUCUCUCACUCUGGCGCCUACAGCGUCGAGCCACAUCUCCGUCACGUCCCUGAUGAUGUACUACGAUCAGUCAAGAAGAACGGAGGCAUUGUCAUGGCUGUGUUUGUCAACCGUUUUCUCAAUAUGAAGAACCCAGAUCUCGCCACCAUCCACGAUGUGGUAGACCAUGUGUUCCGAAUCGCAGAGGUCUGCGGGUGGGAAUGUGUUGGUCUUGGGAGCGACUUCUCGGGUACUCCUUAUGUGCCUAUUGGACUUGAGGAUGUGUCCAAAUUUCCAGCACUUAUCGAGUUGAUCAUGGAGCGUGGGGCUACAGACGAGCAGAUCCGCCUCAUUGCAGGAGAAAACCUGCUUCGUGUGUGGGGUGAUAUUGAACGUAGGGCCAAGGAAAUCCAAGCUACUGGGGAGAAGCCUUCAGAAGAAGAGUAUGCUGAGCGCAAUUGGCACAAGGGACUUAAGAAUUCACCAUGGAUGCUCCGAGAGAGCCGGGAAAAGGCUGUUGCCAAUGGGGCUGCGGAGAAUCCUCACAUGUUUAACGUGGACAGAGACGGCAAGCACAAUCCUACUAUUAAGCAGGUAUAG